AUGGAGUUAAUGCAAUUGGAUGAUGAGCAUAUCAACCUGCUAAAGGCUGUACUAAAUUCCUUUAUGCGCGAUCCUAGCCGUUUUAUUGAUGAUACAUCAGUUGAAAAAUUGUUAUCAUGGUUAUCUACUGUAUGUCGCUGUGAAAUACAGGUUGAAAGACUGGGCCAAGAUUGGAUCUUGCAAUUUAUUUAUGAUAGCCUAGACCAAGAUAAGGCAGUUAUUACAGCUUUCGCUAUAAGACUGAUAGGCAUGUUAGCUGCAUGGCCUUUCUAUUUCCAACGUAUGCAAAAUCUAAGGCAAUAUAAUCUACUCGAUUUGUUGGCUUCCAUGCCUUCACAAUCUAGUUGGAAGUCAGCUACCGUUCGGGAUGCAUAUUUUAAAGCAGCCAAUAAUUUAAUACCUUGUCGUCGAAGUUUUAACUGGAUUGUUGCUAAAGAUAUGGUAACGGUUGGCUUGUCUGCGCUUGGUGAUGAUAGUAUAUUUGUUAUGAAGAGUGCGAUUAACUUUGUUGUCCAAUAUCUAUUGUGGCACGGUAGACAUCAUUUUCAAGAGCACAGCUGUGAUCAAGAACCUAUGGAUUUGCAAUAUUAUAAUGACGUAAUCAAUGAAAUCAGCAACUUGCUUACCCAGUCUAAGCUAUCUUUGGCUAGUAUUGAUAGUCAGUUGGAAUUAUCAAUAUGCAAUCCAAAGCUUCUAUCUGAGAUCCUCUACCGUCCUCUACAUUUGGUUAUGUAUGGGAUGUUCACUAGGGAUGAACAAGAUGUUAGCUUAGAAAGAUCUAUUGACAUUUCUUUGGAUAUUUUAAAAGCGCCUAUAUUGGCAGAUGGUUACCAAGAUCUAGUUUCGGCAACAUGGAUUAAUUCUGUCGUCGUACUGUUCGCCUUGUGUAGUUGUCCGUCGUUGUUAACUAAAGAAACAAUUAGUAAAGUUAAUGAUAAUAUUACUGGCAGUAUAAAAAUUGCGAGGGCUGCAUUAGAUUUUGUAUCUCAUUCUAUUAAACAAAUUAAAAUCAUCCGACAAUCGCAACUACCAUUUUGCCCCUUGUUAGGUGAAGCAAUUGACCCUGUCUAUGUUAUAUUAGCCGCUAUCAACCAAAUUGAUCUAGAGGAGGCGAUCUUAAUUAAAAGCUUGAAUCUGUUAUCGGAAAUCUUGUUAGAGUUAAACGAUGAUGAAAUUAUCUUACUGUUAGAUACAUAUAGAAUUAGCAGCAAUCAGGGAAACAAAGAAAUAUACCAGCAAGUAAUCAAUGGUGAUCUGGUUGAAAAAAUUUGGAAACUCUCAAAUGAUGAUGAAGGAUUCGUUAAAGCAUCGGCGUUAAAUUCUAUGUGCCAGCUAUGCAGUGCUAUCUCUAAACCUGAUGAUCUAGAUCCAGUGUUCAAAGAAAAUAAGAUUUCUGAUGCAGUUUUUCAAAUUAUAUUAAAUGAUACGGAAGCUUUAGCAAGACGCAGUGCAAUCGAUCUUGUGAUUCAAUGCUUCAAGUAUGGAUUUAUAUUAAAAGAUGUAGGCAAUUGUGCAAGUGAGACAGCUCAAGAUAUUAUAAACGUAUUAAGAAAUGAAAGUAAUAUUACUAGUACUCUACGUCAAAGCUGCCAUGAUUUAGACUGGGAAGUUAAAAGACGCGGACUUUUGUUUUGGAAAGCAUUUAUUGAGCGACACUGGCAAGAAAGUUGUACUGAGGCUACAGCGAAACAUUACACUAUAACUAGUCAUAAUAGUAAGAUUAUAUUAUCACUGGUACUUAGCGGGUGUGCUAUUGCACUUCAGGAUGCAAUAGAGGACUGCGAUGUUGUCAUCCGGCAGGAGAGUUGUGCUAUACUAUUAUCUCUGCAAACUAAAUUGAAUCUUGACCUAUUGGCAGAUUCUAAAGCUGCAAUUACUGAGCAAUUAAGGUUUAUUCCUGGUUACUUUAUAAAAUUUUAUAUCUUAUGGUUUUAUUCAUUGUAA